GUGUAUAUCUAUCGUACAUCCCUUUAAGCUGUUCCCCAUCUGUCACAUCAAGUCAAACAAAUGUUUGAUAAAUUGUUUCAGGAUAAUGAGUAAGAGUGCUCUAUUGCAAUUGAUUAUUAAUAACAUUUGAAUUUACAACGAGGAAACAAAGUAAAUAUUAUUUUUAAACAUAACACGUACAAUACCAGCCAGUAAAUUCUUGAACUGACCCGAUAUUAUAGUGAGAGCGAAGAGAAAAUGGCUAACGAAAACGCAAAGAAUUUCGCAAACUUGGAGACUCCUGGUUAUGUUGGUUUUGCCAACUUACCAAAUCAAGUGCACCGUAAGUCAGUAAAGAAGGGCUUUGAAUUCACUCUAAUGGUGGUUGGAGAGAGUGGUUUGGGGAAAUCGACACUUGUAAAUUCUCUGUUCCUUACUGACUUAUAUCCUGAACGUGUCAUACCUGAUGCUACUGAGAAAACAAAUCAAACUGUAAAAUUGGAUGCAUCAACUGUGGAGAUUGAGGAGAGGGGAGUGAAACUCAGAUUGACAGUUGUGGAUACACCUGGAUAUGGUGAUGCUAUUGAUAACACUGAUUGCUUCCGAUCAAUAAUACAAUAUAUAGAUGAACAGUUUGAGAGAUUCUUACGCGACGAGAGCGGCCUCAAUCGUCGGAACAUCGUCGACAACCGCAUACAUUGCUGCUUCUACUUCAUAUCGCCUUUUGGACAUGGGCUGAAACCGCUGGACAUUGAGUUCAUGAAGCAGCUUCAUAACAAAGUGAAUAUUGUGCCUGUUAUUGCUAAAGCAGAUUGCCUCACCAAGAAGGAAGUACAAAGGCUCAAAUCUAGAGUGAUGGAAGAAAUUGAACGAGAAGGCAUCAAGAUAUAUCCGCUGCCGGACUGCGAUAGUGAUGAGGACGAAGAUUAUAAGGAGCAGGUUCGUCAGCUGAAGGCUGCUGUGCCAUUCGCUGUGUGUGGUGCCGGGCAGCAGCUGGAGGUGCGCGGGCGACGUGUACGAGGCCGUCUCUAUCCUUGGGGCGUUGUUGAAGUCGAAAACCCUGAGCACUGUGACUUCAUCAAGCUGAGGACUAUGCUCAUUACUCACAUGCAGGACCUGCAGGAAGUUACACAAGAGGUGCACUACGAGAACUAUCGUUCUGAACGUCUGGCCCGCAACGGACAAGUACCUAAGCGACACACGUCAACUGAGAGUGGUCUGAGUGAGGCUGAUUCCAACGGACUGAAUGGAUCUAAUGAAGAUUCUUCUGAACGUGAACGCGUGCUUCGUGAAAAGGAGGCGGAGCUGCGACGUAUGCAGGAGAUGCUGGAACAGAUGCAGCGCCAGAUGCAGCUGCAGGCCGCCGGCGGUACCACCGCAUAGUCCGCGAACAUCCAACAGUUGGACACAAGUACGGCUGUCCAACUGCCGGACGCUUGCGACGUCGUCAAUUCAAUACUGCGCGCCAUUCCGUACUGCGUCACCAGAACAUAACCUAUAAAUGUGUCACGUGACCUUCAUAUAAUCAAUCAUACAGUUACUACAACGCUUCCCUUACUUUAAUAAUCUAAAUGCAGAUAUUUUAAGCUAUAAAAUAAGUUUUUUUUUUUGUAUUUCAUUUAAAACAGUUACUCCAUUAUAUAGAAUUGUGAAGUUGGUGUCGCCACUGUCGAUAAUACAGCCAGCUGAUUGGUCGGUAAUAUUUUGACAUUUCUAUAUGUAUGUAACUCUAGUUUUUUUACAAUAAGUUGAUCAGAAAUGCUU